AUUACAAAACCCGAAAACACAAAUAAGAAGAAGAAGAAGAAGAAGAAGAAGAAACGAAAAUGGAGAAGGCGAAAGCAUUGAUUGAAGGAAUAAGCAAGGAAGAUUCAGAGCUACUGUCCUCACUCACUAUUCCUCCCCAUCGACUCAGCGUCGAGUCUAGUUUCUACGAGUACUACGCCAUAAGAGGCAUCCGAGUUGACCGAGUCGAACCCGGCUUCGUCUCCUGCACUUUCAGAGUCCCUCAUCGCCUCACCGACAGAGAAGGGAAAUUAGCAUCGGGUGCGAUUGCGAACCUGGUUGAUGAAGUAGGAGGUGCGGUUGUAUACGUGGAGGGUCUCCCCAUGAAUGUUUCUGUGGACAUGUCAAUCUCUUACCUUUCUGCUGCAAAGUGUGAUGACGAAUUGGAGAUCGUUGGACGAUGCUUAGGUAAAAGAGGAGGGUACUCCGGAACGAGUGUGCUGGUGAGGAACAAGUUGACAGGGGAGCUUAUUGCUGAGGGCCGGCAUUCGUUGUUUGGUAGACAUGUGAGUAAGAUGUGAUGUGAUGGCAUGUUCUAAUGCUUUUGUUCCCUUAAAGCAUAGAGACAGAAACUCUUAAUAACAUGACUAAUGCAUUACCUUUUUCCUGUACAUGCUGGUUUCAUUGCUGCAAUCAGACUUCAUCUGUAGUUCAAUAGCAAUAUAUUAUAUACAGAGUAGUAUUUAAGCAUUUCAUUGAAUUAGAGUCUGAAUGUUGAGAGUA